ACGAGAAGGAGAAGGAGAAGAGGCAGAUGCAAAAGAAAGCAACAAAGCAGCGACAUCGACGUCGCUGCUAUGCGCUGCUGCUGCAGAAUAUGAAAGUUGCGCAUGCGCCAACGUCGACGUCGACGUUAAAGCUCGCGACGCCAGCUUGAAAUCAGUUGCGAGGCAGAAGCGCGAGAGUUAAGAACGAAGAGCAGCACGUCAAGCGGCUGUUAAACACAUUUCGCCAUUCUCUAGAAAAUUGUUUCAAAUAUGUUUUCAAAGACUUUCUCGCUGUUGCUGCUGCUCGGCGCAACGGCGUUAGCGUCGCAGGCGCCCUAUUUGCGAGACAGCACAACCGAGUCGCUGUCAAGCAGCAGCCAGAGUCCGAGCCCGGCUUCUAUUCAGGAGGAACAUUUUCCGGCUGUGGCGCCGCCUCAGGCAGCGGAGGCAGCUUUGAUUGAAGCACAGGUGGGUUCACUGCAGCCACCACCGGCAGCUGAGGAUGGACUGCGUCGGCGUCUCGUCACCUACGACCAACGACAGGAGGGACAGUACAACAUAAGAGCCGAUCUGGAGAAUUUUAUGAUCGUGCUGAUACCGCCGGGACCUCAGGAGGGUUUGAGCCUGUUGGACCUGCUGACCAAAUCCUCCUUGCGUGGCGCCACAAAGAGCAAAAGCAAACGCAAACAUGCGGAUGCCUCUGCCCUGAAGUCCUUCUAUCAGCGACAGCAACUGCUGCAGCAACAGCAGCAGAUUCCCCAGGCAGCAUUGGGCGUGGCCCUGCCCGAGUUUAUUGAGGGACGCACGCCCUACCAUGUGGACAUCUCUGGUGCCAAUGAAGAGCUGCAGCAGCAGCAGCAGCCGCGCUUGCAUCGACAGCAGGUAGAUGUUUUGCCGCCGCAGCUGAUUCCAAUGCCGCAGUUGAUCAAGCCGUAUCAUCUUGAGGCGGAACCCGAGCUCAUCCAGGCAUUGCCGCCUGUUCCCGCCAGUGCCAGCAGCGCUGGCAACAAUCUUCUGGAGGGGUUUAACCAGGCGGGCUCUCAGUACUAUCGCCAUUCACGCUCCCUGCGUGGUGACAGCUUUUUGGACACCAAUCGCUUGGCGCCCGAGCCUGUCGCCAGGACCAAUGCACGCUCCAUCAGUGUUCCACUGUAUCGCACCGAUGUCGCCCACAGCCAGACCCAAGCAAACAAUGCCAAUGUCUUGUAUCCACCCAUCGAUGUGCCCGCCUACAUUGUGAACGAGGCACAUCCGCGGAACUGGCAGCUGGACGACGAGCCCACACCCAUACUGCCCAAGCACUUGGUUGAGGCGGAUGUGCUAAGCUUCCAGUUGCUUGGCGAUGCUCUGGCCAACUCCAAGACGCUCUUGCGCGACGGCCAGGCACUUUGUGCGCCGGGACAACGGCGUGAUAGCUACGGCGCCUGUCGCCAGGUCGAGGGCUACUGAGACUGAGAUACUUUCCAGACUGCUAAGCGAAAAAGCGAAUAUAUUAGGCUAAACAUAACGAUAAAUGCGAUUUUUUACAAAGCAUUAGUUUUAAGCUCCAAACAUAUACAAAAUUAAUAAAAAAAACAAACUUGAAAUUCAAA